GGGUCCCGAGCGCCGGGCGGCCCGCGGGCCCGGGCUGGGGAUGCACCGCCGCGGGGUGGGCGCCGGCGCCAUCGCCAAGAAGAAGCUCGCCGAGGCCAAGUAUAAGGAGCGAGGGACUGUCUUGGCAGAGGACCAGCUGGCCCAGAUGUCAAAGCAGUUGGACAUGUUCAAGACCAACCUGGAGGAAUUUGCCAGCAAGCACAAACAGGAAAUCCGGAAGAAUCCCGAGUUCCGGGUGCAGUUCCAGGACAUGUGUGCGACCAUUGGGGUGGAUCCUCUGGCCUCUGGAAAAGGAUUUUGGUCUGAGAUGCUGGGUGUUGGGGACUUUUAUUAUGAGCUGGGCGUCCAGAUUAUUGAAGUGUGCCUGGCCCUGAAACACAGGAAUGGAGGUCUGAUAACACUGGAAGAGCUACAUCAACAAGUGUUGAAAGGAAGGGGCAAGUUCGCUCAGGAUGUUAGCCAAGACGACCUAAUCAGGGCCAUCAAGAAGCUAAAAGCACUGGGUACUGGCUUCGGCAUCAUCCCUGUGGGCGGCACUUACCUCAUCCAGUCUGUUCCAGCUGAGCUCAACAUGGAUCACACCGUGGUGCUGCAGCUAGCAGAGAAAAAUGGGUACGUGACUGUCAGUGAAAUCCAAGCCAGUCUCAAAUGGGAGACCGAGCGAGCGCGGCAAGUGCUGGAACACCUGCUGAAAGAAGGGCUGGCCUGGCUAGACCUGCAGGCCCCAGGGGAGGCCCACUACUGGCUACCAGCUCUCUUCACGGACCUCUACUCCCAGGAAAUCACAGCCGAGGAGGCCAGAGAAGCCCUCCCCUGACUGUGUGUGUGGGGGGAACGUGUUGACAAAUAAACGUGGACAACUUUUGUUUAUAAAAAGAGAAAAGAAGUCCAUGUUUUGCUUCCUUC